ACGGGGCCACCUGAACUCGCCUUGGUCGGUCCCUCUGGGCUCAGGGAGUGGCGAGGAUGCUUUUCGGAAGGUGCCUCGGGUGCAGUUCAGGUUGUUUUGGCGGGUGCAUGUAAGGGAAUCAAGGAAACGGUUAGGUAAUUUGAGGACAAGCCCCUUCCCACUGUUGCCGAUGAACUGUAAAAAAGGAAGAAUCAGGUUUGUGGUUUGAAGAAUGAAAAGUUAUCGGGAUCGCUACACCAUCUCCUCUUCCCUUUGUGAAUGCGGUGACCACCACUACCUGUCCCUAGAACAGCUCUUGUUAUUCGCUUCUGUUCCCAGUUAUCCCAGAAUUCAAUUCUGAGUUCAUCUCAUAAAACUCCAGGGACCAGCAUCCACUAUACCUCUGCACCAAGGCUGAACUACACCAUUUAGAAGAAUGGAAGCUAAUGCAUCUGUUGACAUGUUUUCAAAAGUUCUGGAAAAUCAGUUGCUUCAGACUACCAAACUAGUAGAAGAACAUUUGGAUUCUGAAAUUCAGAAACUGGACCAGAUGGAUGAGGACGAAUUGGAACGCCUCAAAGAAAAGAGACUUGAGGCACUAAGGAGAGCGCAACAGCAGAAACAAGAAUGGCUUUCAAAAGGACAUGGGGAAUACAGAGAAAUCCCUAGUGAGAGAGACUUUUUUCAAGAAGUCAAGGAGAGUAAAAAAGUGGUUUGCCAUUUCUACAGAGACUCCACAUUCAGGUGUAAAAUAUUAGACCGACAUUUGGUGAUAUUGUCUAAGAAACAUCUUGAGACCAAAUUUCUGAAGCUGAAUGUGGAAAAAGCACCUUUCCUUUGUGAGAGACUGCGUAUCAAAGUCAUUCCCACACUAGCACUGGUAAAAGAUGGAAAAACACAAGAUUAUGUGGUUGGAUUUACUGACCUAGGAAAUACAGAUGACUUCACCACAGAAACUUUAGAAUGGAGGCUGGGUUGUUCCGAUAUUCUCAGUUACAGUGGAAAUUUAAUGGAGCCACCAUUUCAGAGCCAAAAGAAAUUUGGAACAAACUUCACAAAGCUGGAAAAGAAAACUAUCCGAGGGAAGAAAUAUGAUUCAGACUCUGAUGAUGAUUAGAAAUUAGUUACAAUUCUUUGUAAAUUGUCUUUUUAUUUCUGCUUACUUCAGAAUUAGAUGUGUUUUCUAAAUCCUGUUGGUUUUUAUACAUUGGUCAUCUAAUGGUCAUGUUCUAGAGUUUUGUACAGUUUCAUCACAUUGAAAGACAUCUUCAAUAUUUUCUGUGUGGCACUCAUGUUUAAGUUGAGGAAAACUUCUGAGUUCUUAAAUUAUCCAGCAAGGGUCUGGAUUCUCUAUUUUUGAGAUUGAUUUUAUCACAGUAUGAUUCCUACGUCUUUAUACCAUUCACAGUUGUGUUUUUAAUCUACUGGAUUGAAAAUAGGAAUUCAGCAAACUAUUCCAGGACUAAUUCUUACACAGCAUUAUUUACUUUUUACAGCAGGUCAAACAACAUUUACUGGUGUAACAGACUCACUUGUAAAUGAAUUAUAAACAGUCUUUACUUCUGGAAUAUAUUUAACUAUUAAAGAACUGCCUAUUCUGUAGGCUGUGUGUUGAUGAUGAAUCAACUGAUGGCAGCAGAAAGCUUUUUCAGGUUUUGAGCAACUGCCUUAUUUAAAGGAUUCUGAUUGCUUGUAUUUUAAGACAUGCAUUAAAAAAUAAUGACGGGGCACCUGGGUGGUUCCAUCA